GGUUCUAGACUCCUCACCGACCUCUUUCUUCUGGUCAAAGGAGACGUCGAAGCAACCUCAGCCGCUGCACGCAUACCCUCCAUCUCCACCCAUCGCUCUCUCCUCCUCCUCCUCCUCCUCCUCCUCCUCUUUCUUCUCCACUCCCUCCCCCCACCUCCCAUGGCCGAGCUCUGAGAGAGAAAGAGAGCUCCAACGACUUAAAUCAAACAGGGAAGCUUCCGAUUGCUCGCUGCGGGUCGCAUCACGCCGAUCUGCCUUCUCUCGGAAAAUUGAUGCGAAGAUCAGGAGGCGAAUUGCGUUGAUUCCGCUGAUAAUGGCGAAGCGCGGUUACAAGCUCCAGGAAUUCAUAGCGCAUACAUCUGAUGUCAAAUGUUUAAAUAUUGGAAAGAAAUCUAGCAGAGUUUUUGUUACUGGUGGUGAAGAUCGCAAGGUGAAUCUAUGGGCAAUUGGCAAACCAACUCCAUUACUGAGCCUAUGUGGUCACACAAGUGCAGUUGAAUCUGUAGCGUUUGAUUCAGCGGAGGUCUUGGUUCUUGCAGGAUCUUCUAGUGGUACGAUUAAGCUUUGGGAUUUGGAAGAGGCAAAGAUUGUACGCACUCUUAGCGGGCACAGAUUCAAUUGUACCUCUGUUGAAUUCCAUCCAUUUGGUGAGUUCUUUGCAUCUGGUUCUUCGGACACCGAUCUCAAGAUCUGGGAUAUUAGGAAAAAGGGAUGCAUCCACACCUACAAGGGCCACACGCGUGGAAUUCGAACAAUCAAAUUUACUCCAGAUGGGCGGUGGGUUGUUACUGGUGGAGAAGAUAAUGUAGUGAAGCUAUGGGAUUUGACUGCAGGGAAACUUCUACAUGACUUUAAGUUCCAUAAAGGACAAAUCCGAUGCAUAGAUUUUCAUCCUCAUGAGUUUUUACUUGCAACAGGUUCAGCUGAUCGAACUGUAAAGUUUUGGGACCUAGAAACAUUUGAACUAAUAGGGUCUGCAGGGCCAGAGGUUACUGGGGUACGCUCCAUGAUCUUUCAUCCCGAUGGACGAACUCUAUUUUGUGGGUUGGAUGUAACCUUAAAGGUUUUCUCCUGGGAGCCUAUAAGAUGUCAUGAUGUUGUUGACAUGGGGUGGUCUACUUUGGGUGAUCUCAGUGUUUAUGAAGGAAAACUUUUGGGAUGCUCCUAUCAUGAAAGUCGUGUUGGAGUUUGGGUUGCUGAUAUAUCACUAAUUGGACCAUAUGCUGUUGGUGCGGUGUCAAAAACAUAUGAUCUUAUGGAGCCUGUAUAUAGUAAUGGGGAAGAUCAUUCUACCAAGCUAAUGGAAAGCAACAUAAAAUCUAGUACUACACUGAUUACAGGACAUCAUGACUGGGGAGGUAAACCAAAAGAAAAUGUCCUACAAGGGAUCAAGUCUACUUAUGCUUCAAACAUGGCUCCAAUGAAUUCAACUGACAUCAAAAGGAAUAAAAGCACCAUAAGCCAUAGUACUCCACAAGGAUUUGAUUCGAAGUCUUCUUCCAAAGCAUCUGCUGUGAAUUCUACCACAUUCAGGGUUGUUAAAGCUACAGAGAGCCCUUCUAAUACUCCGAACAGAAUGGAAUCAGGUUUUGCAUCAAGGGCGAUCUCGUCAUGUUCAACUAUAAUCGGUACGAAUAAUUCACUAACCUCGAGGAAAGGCUCCAUGAUGGAGGCAAACGCAGUGAUGGAUGCCCAGACAAUUGCUAAUCCUGUUUCCAUGCCUGUCAUUGUACCUAGAGACGGUUUAAACCAGGACACUCCUGGUAGCUCUAGAAAAGUAACUGCAGACACUGAAGCAACAACUCAGGGUUCGAUACUCUGCAAACCAACUCAGAUGCGGAAGCCAUCUUUUCUUGGUGGUUGUAGUGAGAGCGAAUUGAUUGCAUCUGGAUCUGGGCCUUUGAGUGGCAUGAGUAGUAAUUUAGGUCAUUUGGACCCAAAGUUACUUUCCAGGACAGCGGUGAGCCAUGAAGCUGCAGAAGCUGGCGAAGGAAACCAUACAAGGACCAAAAGUAUUGCAGAAAAUUUUGAAAAAAUAAUGUCAUUGGAGCAGCCAUUACAAGUAUACAGUGACAAACAUGCUGAAGCACCAUGCUCGAACAGUGAAACAAAUUCAGUCAAAUAUGUCAGAGGAGUGGCUGUUCCACUUGGAAAGACACGAUCUCUAGUUGAAAGAUGGGAAAAAAGAGAGAGAUUUAACAGCGGUUGCUCAGCAACAAUUAGUUCUUCCUCUGACCCAUCCCACAGAGACGACAAUUCGGCAUCUUUGCUUAAAUCACCAGGGAAAACCUCUGAAAGGGAUGCGAUGUCAGUGGAUGAUGAUUUCGUUCCAGAUAUACUAUUGCAAAACCAUGAUGUGUUCAUUAAUGCUGUAAAAUCUCGGCUAACAAAGUUACAGGCGGUGAGGCACUUUUGGGAACAAAAUGGUAUCAAAGGUGCAAUCAAUGCAGUGGCAAAGUUGCCUGACCAUUCUGUUCAGGUUGAUCUUAUCAGCAUUCUCAAGGAGAAAAUUGACCGUUUUACUCUUGAACUUUUCUCGUGCUUGCUUCCACUUCUUGUGGGUUUAUCGAACAGCAGGACUGAAAGGCACCUUAUUAUCUCUCUAGAAAUGCUAUUGGAGCUUGUGAAGAUCUUUGGACCAGUUAUCCAUUUAACAAUGUCAGCAUCUUCACUAGUAGGGGUUGAUCUUCAGGCUGAGCAGAGGUUGGAGCGUUGCAGUCACUGCUUCAACCACUUGGAAAUGAUAAAACAAUUGCUCCCUUCGCUGAUUAGAAGAGGGGGGCUGAUAGCAAGACAUGCCCAGGAAUUGAAUCUCUUCUUGCUUGACUUAUGACCGGCUAAAGCAGCCAAAGUUUCUUCUGACUACAGUUUUAUGUCUCUCUAGAUACGCAAAGAAAAAAACUCCUGCUUUUAUGUCCUGUGCAGCAUCUAAGCAAGCAACCCCAGCAUUCCUUGCCAACUGCUCCUGAUGACAAUCCCCUAGUCCUAACCAAGCUGCCAGAUUCAUUAUUCUCCAGAGCCUGCUGCAUGAUCCGGUGUGGAGCUACUUUAUCAAUUUUGCCAGCUUCUGGUAUAUGUUGUAUGUAUAAUAACGUUCAGUUAGACAAUAUUCUUUAGAACAUCAUGUUAAUUGCUGCUACAGUGUUACUUGUAGACCUCCGUAUAUUGAACAAGGGUGGAUUUAGGGGCAUGCUUAAUUCAUAAAUAUUUCUAGCAUAUAAUACAUGCGUUUAUUUUUUUGAUC